CGGCGCGCCGUCAAACGUCUCUGGACUGAGAAAGCCCAUCCUCAUUUGGCAUCAUGACCGGGGACUGUCCCGCUAGGCCUACAGUCCGGCCCAGUGGCUUGCAUACUUUCUCCCGAGCUUCGCCUUUUGCUGGCAAAACAGAGCGCUGAAGCUUCAAACCCUAUCCCUGGGGACUCACUUGUGGAUACAUUCCAACAUGAACGCGCCGAUGUCUGCGAAUAAGAUAUGUCUGUCGAUGAUAUAUCGGCACGACUACUCGCCCCUCCCCUCCCCUCCCCACAUUGUUCUAUAAAAAGACGGUGCUACUGGGGAGUCUGCCUUAUCAGACACUUGCCAGGUAGCACGGAAUAAAAACCCCAAACUAUCCCGUUGUUUAAUUUGGUACACUUCGCUUUGAUACAACCUGUUAUUUCUGUUAGACUACACAUCCCAGACACGAUGGCUACGACUACCGACACGUUUGGGGAUGGAAGGUCCCGUCGAAUUUCCAGAGACGGGGCCCCCGCAGAGGUAUACGGCGGUCCCAAUGUGGUUAUGCCCCCUAAGCACCUGAUGGCUUCGGUUGAUUCCCAUGAAAUUGCAUCCGCCAUGGAAGCAGCCAGGCAGCGUCUUGAGGAAGAGUUGUCUUCCGACGAGGCAUCGACACGAGUGGCAACUCCGGCCCAGAAACCUCCUAUUACAACUACAGACGAAUUUGCUCUCGCGUUUGAUAUUGACGGUGUGCUUAUUCGAGGUGGGCACCCUAUCCCAGCUGCCAUCCAAGCGAUGAGGUACAUCAACGGUGAAAAUCCGUAUGGCGUUAAGAUGUGAGUCUUGUCGCUUGGUCUCUACCUCAGUCCCCCCUCCGCGAAUUAGUUUUACGACACCCUCUGCAUCCUCGGCUAACUGGCUGUUCUCUUUAUCCAGCCCAUACAUCUUCGUGACGAAUGGUGGAGGCAAACCCGAAGAAGAGCGAUGUGCGGACCUUUCCCGGCAGCUGGAACUAGACGUAUCUCCCGGCCAAUUCAUAUGCGGCCAUACGCCUAUGCGAGAAAUGACCGAGAAAUACCAUACUGUCCUUGUCGUGGGCGGUGAAGGAGAGAAAUGUCGAAUUGUCGCGGAGGGCUACGGAUUCAAGGACGUAAUCACGCCCGGGGAUAUCAUCAAGGCCAAACAUGAUACCACCCCGUUUCGGAAACUGACAGAGGAUGAAUAUCGCAAUUCACGCGAUCGGGAUUUUAGCAAGAUCAAUAUCGAAGCUAUCUUCGUCUUCGCAGACAGCAGAGACUGGGCUGGCGACCAACAGAUCAUCCUAGAUUUGCUCAUGUCCAAGAAUGGCCGUUUGGGAACUCGUUCCAAGACAUUUGAUGAAGGCCCGCCCGUGUAUUUCUCGCACAAUGACAUUGUCUGGUCUACUUCGCAUGAACACUCGCGCAUCGGAAUGGGUGCCCUUCGCGCAUCGCUUGAAGCGCUGUUCAAAUGCGUCACAGGCAAAGAACUUACGACAGCCCAUUCCUUCGGCAAGCCCCAGUUGAGCACCUUCGAAUUUGCGACCCGCCUCCUCGGCCAGUGGCGCGAGGAUUGCCAUGGCAUCAAGACCCCUCCUCGCACCGUCUACUUCGUCGGUGAUACUCCAGAAUCAGAUGUGAGGGGCACCAAUGAAUUCAAUGAGUCGCACUUCAGCAGCGACGUAACCUGGUUUUCGAUCCUCGUCAAGACCGGUGUAUACCAGGAAGGAACAAUUCCACGGUAUCCGCCAAAGAAAACAUGUGAAGAUGUUCUGGAUGCGGUAAAAUUUGCACUCGAGCGCGAGCUCAGCAAGAAAAUCGCGGAGGCGGCUAGGGACGCUGACAAGCCAGUCGCAUCUGAAGAACCUGAGUCUGUUUCAAAUAAGUGAUUUUAUCUGGUUCUUUGUCUAUGUGAUCUGGCGCUAUCAUGCUUUUCUCUCCCAUCUUUUGAUUUGGAUUUGAUUUGAUUUGAUUAUGACUCUUGGAAAACUACCAUUUCAUAGAUGUUCCUUCCCGACAUCUAAGAUUUCUUUUGGUCUUCUUACCUAUCCUACUUUACAGAGAUGAGCUCCGUUGGGCCUAACUUUUCUGGUUCCUUCGAUGUUCAUGAUGAUGUUCAUGAUUCCCAUGCCGGUGUUGUUUGUGGGCCUUUUUAGCAGAUUUCCUGAAGUUAUGAGGUGUCCCUUGUGCUAGAUGAAAAAAUUUUUCACAUAUUCAUUUUACAUUACCAUAAUCAUAAUCAUCCAAACAGUACAGCUUUGCUUUAUGUUGUAUAUAGGUUUCAGGUUCAAUUUAUUAACACAGCACAG